AUCUCGUGGGUGAGAGAGAGAAUAAACUAACAGAAGAAAGAGAGAGCAAAGCAAAUCUCAUUUCGUCCUUUUCUUCUUCUUCUCAAGUCUUGUCUCUGUGUACUUUGUGAUGUGGAACUCGACGGAGAACGCAUUCUCGCGUUCGACGUCGUUUAAAGACGAAGUAGAGGAAGAAGAAGAGCUUAGAUGGGUGGCGUUGCAGCGUCUGCCUACUUACUCUCGGAUCCGACGUGGCAUUUUCAGGGAUAAGAUCGGUGAGCAUAAAGAGAUCAGAAUUGGUAACCUCGAAGCUAGCGACCAGCGUCUUCUGCUCGACCGCCUUGUUAAUUCCGUCGACCAUGAUCCUCAACUCUUCUUCGCUCGCGUCAGAAAAAGAUUCGACGCAGUGGACUUGAAAUUCCCCAAGAUUGAAGUUCGGUUUCAGAAUCUGAUGGUGGAAUCAUUCGUUCAUGUGGGAAGUCGAGCGUUACCAACAAUUCCUAAUUUCAUCAUUAACAUGGCUGAAGCGUUUUUAAGGAACAUACGUUUGUAUGGUGGGAAAAGAAGCAAACUAACCAUCUUAGACAAUGUCAGUGGCAUCAUUAGACCUUCGAGACUGACACUCCUUCUCGGUCCUCCAAGUUCCGGAAAGACAACACUACUCUUAUCUUUAGCUGGACGCCUUGGAAACACUCUUCAGACAUCAGGGAAAAUAACAUACAACGGAUACGAUCUCAAAGAGAUAGUUGCCCCUAGGACAUCUGCGUACGUCAGCCAACAAGAUUGGCACGUGGCAGAGAUGACAGUUAGGCAAAAUCUCGAGUUUGCUGGUCGUUGUCAAGGUGUUGGAUUCAAAUAUGAUAUGCUAGUGGAGCUAGCAAGAAGGGAAAAGCUUGCAGGAAUAGUACCAGAUGAAGAUCUUGAUAUAUUUAUGAAGUCUUUAGCUCUCGGGGGACAAGAGACAAGCCUCGUCGUGGAGUAUAUUAUGAAGAUCUUAGGGUUGGACACAUGUGCUGACACAUUGGUUGGUGAUGAGAUGAUCAAAGGAAUCUCAGGAGGACAGAAGAAACGGCUCACGACAGGGGAACUGUUAGUAGGUCCAGCAAGAGUCCUUUUCAUGGAUGAAAUAUCCAACGGUUUAGAUAGUUCAACGACUCAUCAGAUAAUCAUGCAUCUGAGGCAUUCGACUCACGCGCUUGAAGGAACCACUGUCAUCUCUUUGCUUCAACCUUCUCCCGAGACAUACGAGUUGUUCGAUGAUGUUAUCCUUAUGUCCGAGGGACAGAUCAUCUACCAGGGCCCACGUGAAGAGGUUCUUGACUUCUUUUCUUCCUUGGGGUUCACCUGCCCUGAGAGGAAGAACGUGGCUGAUUUCUUGCAAGAGGUAACUUCCAAGAAAGACCAGCAGCAGUACUGGUCAGUCCCUUUUAGGCCUUACCGCUACGUACCACCAGGGAAGUUUGCUGAAGCUUUUCGUUCGUUUCAAACCGGUAAGAAGUUGGCAAAGAAACUUGACGUUCCCUUUGACAAACGUUUCAACCAUUCAGCCGCUUUGUCUACAUCUCAAUACGGUGUUAAGAGGAGUGAACUUCUCAAGAUCAACUUCUCUUGGCAGAAGCAACUCAUGAAGCAGAAUGCAUUUAUUUACGUCUUCAAGUUCGUGCAGCUUCUUUUAGUUGCACUGAUCACGAUGACCGUCUUUUGCCGGACAACGAUGCAUCACAGCACUAUAGAUGAUGGCAACAUAUAUCUUGGGUCGCUUUACUUCUCCAUGGUGAUCAUUCUCUUUAACGGAUUCACAGAGGUUCCAAUGCUGGUAGCCAAGCUUCCGGUUCUUUAUAAGCACCGAGACUUGCAUUUUUACCCGAGCUGGGCUUAUACGUUACCUUCCUGGCUUUUGAGUAUUCCUACUUCAGUUAUAGAGUCUGCCACAUGGGUGGCAGUCACGUAUUAUACAAUCGGAUACGAUCCAAACUUCUCCAGGUUUCUUCAGCAGUUCUUGCUGUAUUUCCUUCUGCAUCAGAUGUCAUUGAGUCUUUUCCGUGUGAUGGGUUCUUUAGGCCGACAUAUGAUAGUUGCUAAUACGUUUGGGUCUUUUGCAAUGCUGGUGGUCAUGACUCUUGGAGGCUUUAUAAUUUCCAGAGAUAGCAUACCCACUUGGUGGAUUUGGGGUUACUGGGUCUCUCCGUUGAUGUAUGCUCAAAACGCUGCUUCUGUGAACGAGUUUCUCAGUCCUUCUUGGCAAAAGAGAGCUGGGAAUCACACCAGCGACUCUCUUGGUGUGGCAUUGCUACGAGAAAGAAGUUUGUUCUCUGAGAAGUAUUGGUAUUGGAUUGGUGUUGGUGCUUUGCUCGGAUACACCAUUCUUUUCAAUUUGCUCUUUACAUUCUUCUUAGCUUACCUCAACCCUUUGGGUAAGUUACAAGCUGUUGUAUCCAGAGAAGAGUUGGACGAGAGAGAUAGGAAAAGGAAAGGAGAUGAGUUUGUUGUGGAACUAAGAGAGUACUUACAGCAUUCAGGCUCACUACAUGGAAAGUAUUUCAAGAAUAGAGGCAUGGUUCUACCGUUUCAACCCCUCUCUUUGUCCUUCAGCAAUAUCAAUUACUAUGUGGAUGUUCCCUUGGGACUAAAAGAACAAGGGAUACUAGAAGAUAGAUUGCAGCUGCUUGUGAAUAUUACUGGAGCUUUUAAACCAGGCGUGCUUACAGCGUUGGUGGGAGUAAGUGGUGCUGGCAAAACAACGCUCAUGGAUGUUUUAGCCGGAAGAAAAACCGGUGGGACAAUCGAAGGAGAUGUGUACAUAUCUGGUUUCCCAAAAAGGCAAGAAACUUUUGCAAGAAUCUCAGGUUACUGUGAGCAGAACGAUGUUCACUCUCCAUGCCUCACUGUUGUUGAGUCUCUGCUUUUCUCUGCAUGCCUUCGUUUACCAUCAGAUAUUGACUCUGAGACACAAAAGGCAUUUGUCCAUGAGGUGAUGGAGCUAGUGGAGCUAAACUCAUUGAGUGGAGCAUUGGUGGGACUACCUGGAGUUGAUGGCUUAUCAACCGAACAGAGGAAAAGGUUGACUAUUGCGGUUGAGCUAGUUGCAAACCCUUCUAUAGUGUUUAUGGAUGAGCCAACUUCGGGAUUGGAUGCAAGAGCUGCUGCCAUUGUGAUGAGGACUGUGAGAAAUAUUGUUAACACUGGACGAACCAUCGUCUGCACCAUUCAUCAGCCUAGCAUUGAUAUUUUCGAAUCAUUCGACGAACUUUUGUUCAUGAAACGUGGUGGUGAACUUAUAUACGCUGGUCCACUUGGCCAGAGAUCUUGUGACCUUAUCAAAUAUUUCGAGUGUAUUGAAGGGGUGCAAAAGAUCAAAGCCGGGCAUAAUCCAGCAGCAUGGAUGCUUGAUGUCACCUCAACGACAGAGGAAGAACGACUUGGUCUUGAUUUUGCUGAAAUUUACAAGAACUCAAAUCUGUGUCGACGCAACAAGGAGCUGGUGGAAGGCCUCAGCAAGCCAAGUAAUGUAUCAAAAGAACUCGAGUUUCCGACCAGAUACUCUCAGUCUUUCUACAGUCAGUUUGUUGCUUGCCUGUGGAAACAAAACCUGUCUUAUUGGCGAAACCCGCAGUACACCGCGGUCCGGUUCUUUUACACUGUGGUCAUCUCUCUCAUGCUUGGCACAAUCUGUUGGAAAUUCGGCGCCAAGAGGGACACUCAACAAGAUUUAUUCAACUCAAUGGGAUCGAUGUACGCUGCGGUUCUCUUCAUUGGAAUCACUAACGCAACUGCUGCACAGCCAGUUGUUUCCAUUGAAAGAUUUGUUUCGUACCGCGAGAGAGCAGCGGGAAUGUACUCUGCACUUCCCUUUGCAUUUGCACAGGUGUUUAUAGAGUUUCCGUACGUGCUAGCCCAAUCAACUAUAUACAGUAGCAUAUUCUAUGCGAUGGCCUCAUUCGAAUGGUCGGCUGUGAAGUUCUUGUGGUACUUAUUCUUCAUGUACUUUUCUAUAAUGUACUUCACAUUCUACGGGAUGAUGACCACAGCCAUCACCCCGAACCACAACGUUGCCUCUAUUAUUGCUGCCCCUUUCUACAUGCUCUGGAACCUCUUCAGCGGUUUCAUGAUCCCUUACAAGAGGAUACCAUUAUGGUGGAGAUGGUACUAUUGGGCAAACCCGGUGGCGUGGACACUGUACGGUUUAUUGGUGUCACAGUACGGGGAUGAUGAGAGAGAGGUGAAGCUAUCGGACGGUGUUCAUAAAGUCAUGGUGAAACAACUACUCGAGGAAGUGAUGGGAUACAAACAUGACUUCCUUGGUGUCUCUGCUAUUAUGGUCGUAGCCUUUUGCGUCUUCUUCUCGGUCGUCUUUGCUUUCUCCAUUAAAACCUUCAAUUUCCAAAGAAGAUGAUUGAUUACCAGUUUCUCAACAUAUCAAACCAACUCUCUUUACAUUUUAUUAAUCUAUACAUAUACCAAAACAGACCAGCCUAUUUAUUUAUUUGUAUAUUGGAGAUUUCAUGCCCCCAAAAAUGUUGGGGGUAUUGCUGUAUAACUUUCUUCCACUCUUACAUGUAAGGAUCAAUAAGAGCUUUUGUGUUGUGUAUUAUUUUUUAUCUUCUGAUCA